AGAGAGAGAGAGAGUGAGGAGGAGAGGAGAGAGAGACAUAAAGAGGUUGAGAGGAGCGUUUUGGUUUCAGAUCUUCAGCUUUUGUGUGAAACAUCAACACAAAGGAGACGCGUCUGCUCUUUAUUCAUCCAUUCAUUCAUCCAUUCAUCGGUGUGUGGAGUCCUCUGAGGAGUGAGAUGUCUCUGCUGUCUGUCUGCACAAUCUCUCUUCUCUCAGCGGUGCUGCUGUCCCCGUGGUGCGUUCAGGCGCUGCAUGUGGACGUGUUUCCCAGGAGGCCCGUGUUCCAGCUUGGCGAGCGCCGCCAGCUGGUGAGUGAGAUCCGGGACUGUCCGACGGCGCCGAUUGUCUCCUGGUCGUUGCUAGGCGACCGGCCGCUGGCGGCCUCCGUCAGCACCAACCGGACGCACUCCGUGGUGACCUUUGACCCCGUGGUGGCGGAGCACGACGGACCGCUGCUCUGCAGGGUCAGCUGUGGCAGCGAGAACAAGCAGAUCAAGACCUCCGUGCACGUUUACUCCUUCCCAUCAGCCCCUCUGAUCCACGGCGAGGACCGUGUGCGUCUGGGGGCGGAGUCCACCCUGACCUGCGAGGUGUCGGACGUUUACCCCGCCGAGCAGCUGACCCUCCGCUGGCUCCGCGGAGACGCCGUGCUGCAGAGCAUCAUGGGAGAUCACCGGUCCAGCUCGGUCCGGGCCGAGUACACCUUCACGCCUUCGCCGCGAGACGCCGGAGGAAACAUCAGCUGCAGCGCCACGCUGGACCUGCUGGACCUGCCGCCUGAGGACAGAACCAGGGAGACCACCGUCCCCCUAAACCUGCUCUAUGCUCCUGUCGUCACGGCGAUAUCCGACUCGGUGUCGGUGAUGGCCGGCUCUCUGCUGGCGCUCAGCUGCUCCGCGGAGGGAAACCCCGAGCCGACCGUCAGCUGGAGCUUCGGGGGGGCGGGUGGUCACACUGAGGGGCGGGGCCGGGGCCGCCAGCUGAUCCUCGCCGCGGUGAGUCUGGCGGACGCCGGACGGUACUACUGCGAGGCCCGAAACAGCGAGGGGAGCCAGACCGCUCACCUGGAGGUCACCGUUCACGCUCCUCCCACCAACACCUCCCUGUCGGUGCGUCCAGGUGAUUGGCUGCAGGAGGGUCAGCAGGUGACGUUCAGCUGCCAAUCAGACGGAGCCCCGCCCCCCACGCUGGUGCUGAGGAGGAAGGGGGAGGAGCUACAGAGGACUGGUCCCGCCCCCUCCCAGCUGUCCUUCAGCCUCUCCUCCGCCCGGCUGGAAGACUCCGCCCACUACCAGUGUGAAGCGUCCAAUCAGCACGGGUCCCAACUAGUGACCAGGACCGUCUCCGUCACAGCUCACCCCCUGCAGGUGGAGGUAAGUCCUCCGGUCUCGUCAGCAGAGAGGGGUUCAGGUCUUGUUCUGACCUGCAGAGCCUCCGGAUGUCUCCACCCUCCCAACUUCACCUGGACCAGAACAGACCAGAACCAGAACCAGAGCCAGAACCUCCAGGGGACGCAACAGGACGGCCUGUCGCUGCUCCGCCUGCAGGACCUGGACCUCCAGGAUCAGGGGGUCUACCGCUGUGAGGCCCAGUGUGACUCUGUCAUCAGGACCGGAACCGUCCAGGUCCACGUUUACUCGUUCCCGUCUGACCCGGUUCUGGAGCGUCCCGGUCCCGUGCUGCGGGGUCGGGAGGCGGUCCUUCGCUGUGACAUCACCGACGUCUUCUCGGCCAAUCAGAUGCGGGUCCUGUGGCUGUCGGGGAACACGACGCUGCAUUCCGAGUCCUUUGGGUUCUCCGGUUCCUUACAGAACGUCUCGGCGGUUCUUCAGCGCCGCGUCCAGGAGGACCAGGUUCUGACCUGCCGGGCCCAGCUGCUGGCGCCGGGCGGACACGUGUGGCGGUCCAGAACCGCCUCCGUCCUGCUGACCGUCCACUCUCCUCCCACCAACACCUCCCUGUCGGUGCGUCCAGGUGAUUGGCUGCAGGAGGGUCAGCAGGUGACGUUCAGCUGCCAAUCAGACGGAGCCCCGCCCCCCACGCUGGUGCUGAGGAGGAAGGGGGAGGAGCUACAGAGGACUGGUCCCGCCCCCUCCCAGCUGUCCUUCAGCCUCUCCUCCGCACGGCUGGAAGACUCCGCCCACUACCAGUGUGAAGCGUCCAAUCAGCACGGGUCCCAACUAGUGACCAGGACCAUCUCCGUCACAGCUCCCCCGAGGAACACGACGGUGCUGGUUCUACCGUCUACGGUGGUCCAGGAGGGUCAAACCGUCAGCGUGCUCUGCCGUACCGUCUGCUUCCCGCCGGCCGCCGUGCUGCUGAAGAAGCUGACCAAUGGGACAGAGCUUUACUCCAAGAGAAGCUCCCGUCCUCCUCCGAGUCUCGGCACCAUCAUCAUCCCGGCCGUGUGCGUCGCUGCCGGGCUCGCAGCCACCGCUCUGCUGCUCGAAUACCUGCGGAGAUCCCGGAAGAAAGGCUUCUAUCAGCUGCACAAGGCGCCCCCGCCUUCAGCCUGA